UUGAUAAGAAAUUUUCAAAAAUAUUCACUGUUGUGACUUGUGAGUUGUGAGUUGUCUGUUCACAACUCUCAGUGCUUAAGCUGUAAGCAUAGAUUAAAUAUUAUAAUUUUUAAUAUUCGAUGUAUGAUUUGAGAGUCAGACUGUUGUCAGUUUUCACUUGUCUGUUCAUAAUCUGUUUUAAAGAAUAUUCAUUAAACACAAUUAAUUUUCAACAAUCCCAAAAUAUACUUUGAUUAACUCUACUUAACUUACCUAAUAUAAGUUUUGAGCCUCAUUAUGUUUGAAUUUAAUGACACUGAUUUAAUAUUCGAAACGUCAUGGUCGUCGUUGUCUGCUCAAUCUCGGUUCGAUGUGGAGUUGAAAUCAUCGUGGUCGGACAAAGAGCAAUAUGAAUUGUUCCGAUAUAAAUACCAAGUCGAACGCUUCGUCCGAAUGCCCGGAAAGUUUGGUUUCCUAGCGGUCUUGAACACUAACAGAGGAACCAAACGACGUGUACCAAUACAAUUUCAUAGUGUUAUGGAGCCAUUCAACGAUGAAGACUUUAAUUUUACAAAAGUCGAUAGCCGAGAGUUUUUGUUUGGAUUAAGGUACAAUAAGAACAGUGCGACUGAUACAGAUCGGGUCGCCAGUGAUCAAUCUUUUACAGAUGACGUUUUGGCGAUAAACGCGAGUCCUUUGGGAGAUUUUCAUUCGUUGAUUUUGCCGAAAAUGUCAAGCAAAUUACCGCAAUCUAUCAACGAACACAGUCUGCGCUUGGCACUUCAAAUUAUACUUCUAAGCGCAUCACCAGCUAUACGUAUCGGUUUUAAUAGUUUAUGUGCUUUUGCUUCAGUGAAUCAUCUUCAUUUACACUUGUACUAUUUACCUCAUAAAAUGUAUCUUGAAUCGUGUGAUCUAGAACAUUUGAGCGGACCUUGUUAUAAAAUUAAAGAAUAUCCAGCCAACGGCUUUGUUUUUAUACUUCGUUGUGACGACAAACUGUCAAGUUUUGUUGAGAAGGUUUUUGUCCUAAUUUAUCAUCUUCAAAAUUAUAACAUUCCUCAUAAUAUUUACAUAACAAGAGGAAUAGACCAUAAAAUCAGUAAUAUUGCAGACGACAAGAGAAAUUGUAUUCGAAUUUAUGUCUGGGCUAGAAAUCCAUCAGGUUAUAAAGAAAUGGAUAAAUUUACGCCAGCCAUCUGUGAAUUAUUUGGUCACUUGGUUAUAAAAGAUCAAGCAGAGUUUGACAGUUUCACAGAAGAAAAUAUAUCUAAAAUUCUCAAAGAUGUUACGCAGUCCACUUUUACGUCUAUUCUAAACAAUAUAAAAACCUUGUACUUAAAUUUAUGAAGCAAGUGUAAAAAUGGAUCUGUACAGAGUGGACUACACUCUGCUAGGAAUGGUGUCUUCUAAUUGUGUGAAAGUGAUACCGACCGCUCAAAACGAUAAAACCGAG